UUUUUUCUUGAUUCUUCUGUUGCUGCUGUUCUUUUAAUCCUUCUGAGCUGCCAUUGAGUCGUUCUGUUGAUGUUGUUUUGUUUCCAGCGCGAGAAAUUAUGGAGAAUGGUGUUACAUGUAACACUAGUCAUUGUUUUUCUUUCCUGAUUAUAGAAUGUGCAAGUGAUUGCAUAACACGGAGGAUUCCCACAUUGACCAGUUAUUGGUCUUUCGUGGUUAAUGCGGACUUUGUUUGAGAAGACACUAUCAUAUUAUAUCGUCCGUUUUAGUAGGGGCUGAUGAGCUCGUAUAGUUUCUCAAAACAUUACAGCAGAAGAAGUAAAAAGCAGACACUGAGCAACUCUAAUGAUGAAAGUGCAGCUCGGACUAGGCCUCUCAGCUUUGAAGAUAUUAUGCUUAGAAGGAAGAAUAAAGGGUCAGCUGAUACUGUUGAGGUCGGUGUCACAGGUAGCCAUUCAAGGAGGGAAAGCAUAGAUAAGCUCAGCACCGAUAAUUGUGCAUCUGAAAGGCAUUUUCGUCACGGUAAAGGUGCUUCUCUUGAUGUGCAAAAUCUUUCAUUGGAGGAAUCGGGCAAGGAUAGUUCAAGACGGAAAAAAGAGGAGACAUUGUUGAAGGACAAUAUGGAGGUUAGAAGUGAUCGAAAUAAUUAUGAUUCUGAAUUGACACUGAUGGGUAAGCUGAAAUACGAUGCAAAUGGAAAUGAUAAAAAACAGAAGUAUGGCCAGGAAAAUGUUGGUCGGGGAAAAAAGAACCAGAGUUCAAGGGUUGAUAUUGAAAAGGAAACUGGAAAGAGGCAUUCAAGAGAUAGCAAGGCUAAACGUGAAGAUCUCGGUAGGGGGAACUUUGAAAGAGGUGGUAAGAGAAAAGAUCAAAAUGGUGACGAUGAAGGGAAUAGAGACAAGUAUGCUGCAAAGAGACAUGAUCAUGGUAAACACCAUGACCCAGAAAAUAGAGAAAGAAAGGAAGCUAAAGCAUCGUUGACUUCAAAUUAUGAAGAUUCAAGAUUGCAAAGAAGACGGAAAAGAAGCCAAGAUCGUGAAAGUAAACAUAGAAGAUCUGUGUCACUUUCUCCAAGGCCACACAAGCACUCGUCUAAGUUAGUGAGGCAGAAGGAGUUGCCAUUAGAUUCUCAUGUAAAGAAGUCUGGAAGAUGGCGUUCUGAUAGUGAUAGAACAGGGGAUUUGACCAACAGUUCCAAUAGCCAAUACAGGCGACAUUUUGGGUCAACUAGUGGGCUGGGUGGCUAUUCACCUAGAAAGAGAAGAACUGAGUCUGCUAUCAAGACUCCUUCACCGGUUCAAUCACCAGAGAAGAAAGAUGAAGGGUUGGAUGUUCCUCCAACAGAAAAAAUUGGAUUAUUUUCUAGUUCAAUUAAUUCCAACUUUCAGCCGUCAAAUGCUACAGUUUCCUCGGGCAUUAUUAAUGUUCAAUCUGGUGGUGCAAUCUUUUCUUCAGUUAUAGGGAAAUCUUUAACAGGGGUCUCUUCAAAUAAUAUAGAAAUGAAGACAAAUGUUUCUCUUGAUUUGAUUCAGCUGACCCAAGCUACCCGGCCAAUGAGGAGGCUUUAUAUUGAAAACUUACCACAUUCUGCAUCUGAGAAAGCAAUCAUUGAUUGCCUGAAUGGUUUUCUUACAUCUUCAGGCGUUAAUCACAUCAAAGGAACACUGCCAUGUAUUAGUUGUAUUAUACACAAAGACAGGGGGCAAGCUCUUGUCGAAUUUCUAACUCCUGAAGAUGCUUCAGCAGCUCUUUCGUUUGACGGAAGUGACUUCUCUGGCUCCAUUCUAAAGAUUCGGCGCCCAAAAGAUUAUGUUGAGAUUGUUACUGGUGGCCUGGACAAGUCAGUGGCCGUGGUAAAUAAAAUCAUUGAUACUGUCGAGGACUCACCAAAUAAGAUUUUCAUUGCUGGGAUCUCAAAUAGAAUAUCAUCUGAAAUGCUUAGAGAUAUUGUUACUGCAUUUGGACCUUUGAAGGCCUUUCACUUUGAGAUGAACGAUGAUCUUAAUGAACGUUGUGCCUUUUUGGAGUAUGUCGACCAAUCAAUUGUCUCCAAAGCUUGUGCUGGUCUAAAUGGUAUGAAGAUUGGAGGGGAAGUACUAAAAGUGUUUCCAGCUGUUCCAUUUACAUCAUUGGAACGUAAUGAAUGUCAACCAUGGUAUGGGAUCCCAGAGCAUGUGAAACCUCUUCUUCAACAGCCAACAGUAGUGUUAAAAGUUAAUAAUGUGUUUAAUGCAGAUGUCCUCCCAGUACUCUCUGAGGCAGAUAUUGAUGAAGUUCUUGAAGAUAUUCGGGUUGAAUGUGCUAGGUUUGGGACAGUUAAAUCCAUGAACUUUGUAAAGCCAUGUAAUGGCUGUUUCAGUGCUGAAGAAGAUUACAAGAACAUUAGUGAUAUCACUGAUGUGGAGAUCAAGCAUGAGAUUCAGGAAAACUGCACAAUGGCGAUUUCAAGAAAUGGUAAUGAUGUCGAAGAUAAUAACGUUAACCUUGACAAUUGCCCCAAUGAUACCAAUCAGAGGCAGGGUAAUUGCCCUGGCAAUGGUAGACAUCAAGACGAAGUUGAGGUCAAAUUGUGUCGAAUGGGUCAAGAUGAUGCUACACGUUUUGAAAUUGUAGCUUGUGAGAAUGCUUCGGAAAGAAUCCCUCGCGGACUCUCUGAACAGCAGAGCAGCCCAGGAAAUCAACAUCAGGAUGCAAAAGUAGCUGAAACAAUCGAAACCAAUGAAAUUAGCCCGGAUAAGAAAUCAGUGUGUAUAGAUGAUUCAGCUAUGGUGAGAACAGAUUUCGACACGUCUGAGAAGAGCGAGAAGGACGAUCCUAGAAAUAAUCUGGCAAGUUUAUUUGUGUUGGGGAGCGUUUUUGUCGAGUUUGGUAGAACGGAAGCCUCGUGUAUGGCAGCACACUCUUUACAUGGAAGGAUUUAUGAUGGACAAGAGAUUAGCAUUGAGUACAUUCCCCAUGAUCUCUAUCGAAAGAGGUUUCCUAAAUGAUAAGUUAAAUACUGAAUGUGGUGAUUUAUCUAGUCGAUGAGGUCCUUCGCCAUGAAAGGUCCACUUAUUGGCAGAAUUCAUUACUGAAGAAGGCAUUUGUUGAUGGCUCAUUUUAGGUCAGCCUCAAUCAACUUUUUUUAUCAUUUAGCUCGACAAGUCAUUUCUCGAGCACCGCAUCGAUGAUAUACUGAAAUGAAAGCCUAGGAGAGUAUAACACUCCCCAUAGCUUGGAGGAAGCCUUAUAACUAAGCCCUUGUACAUUUCUGAUAGAUUUUCUCUAUAUGCUUAACAGGUGCAAGGAACUAGGUUAUGGUCGUGAAAGAUUUACGGGUUCUUUUACUGCCGAGCUCUCGACAUUCUCUCGAGUCUGACCUUUGUUGUUGACGAUCUCUCCUUCGUUGUUGAAUUAGGUACUUUAUUACAAGAGAUCAUGAUCCUUCAUCUCUGUUUUGUUUACCUUAUAUAGUAAUACAGUACGUAAUGGAGUGGGCCACCCCAUAAAGUUCAUAAAUGAUAAGACAUUUUUAGUAGUAAUCUUCUUUUUUUGCAUGUUUUUAAGCUAGAUUUAUAAGUUUGGUGCAAGGUUCUUAUAC